AACACGCAAGCGCAGACUGAAAGCUUCAUGUUGUCAAGCAUGGAGAACUACAAGAUUAUAAAGCAGUUAGGACAAGGGGCCCAGUCUACAAUUUUUUUAGUUGAAGAUCUAAAAAAUGGGAACAAAACGUGUAUCUUGAAAAAGGUGGAAUGUUUUGAUGAAAGCGAGGCAAACAAAGCUUUUAGAGAGUCUCUGGCCUUGCAAGAGUUAAACCAUCCAUAUGUGUCUGGAUAUAAAGAAUUUUUUGUUAUGUGGGAGAAGAAGGAUUCAUCUAUGUACAUGUGUAUAGCAAUGGACUACUUUCCAAAAGGCCAUCUAGGUCAAUAUAUUGAUGAAAAAAGACAAAGCAAAGAAAUUAUUGAGGAAGAGAAAAUAAAGACAUGGAUUGGACAGAUAAUAGAAGCUUUAGUAUAUGCACAUGAAAAGGGAAUAAUUCACAGAGAUGUUAGACCCAAUAAUAUGUAUGUAAAUGAGGAUGGUAAUUUGGUUCUUGGAGAUUUUUCUGUUGCCUCAGUAAUGGGAGAUACCAGAACAUGCACAAGAUCAACACUAGAUAUAACAAACUACAUGGCUCCAGAAGUGACUGACAAGUUUACCCUGGCAUCUGAUGUAUGGGCCUUCGGUUGUAUCUUAUUGGAGCUGACAACAACAUCCCUAUAUACACAAGAAGAAAUUAUGGAUAAAAUCAGAGAUAUAAAGGAAGACUCAUUUGUAAUGGAACAGAUAUUUGAAGAAAUUUCAAGAUUCUAUUCAAGUGAUAUAAUAAGCUUACUUAGAAAUACUCUGAAGAGAAAUAAAAGACCAACAGCAAGAGAAUUGCAAGACAAAAACAAUUAUGUACAGGAAUGUGUAAAAAGAAGUGAUGCUUCACAGUUAGAGAAGAGAAAGAGGAGAGAAUCCAUUAUAAUACCGGUAGACAAAACUGAAUUGCCAAAAGGAAAGGGAAUAAGACCAGUAGUACAGUAUCUUGCCAAUAUGGUAGAUUAUGAAGACAAUGUUAGAUCCGCUUUGGAGUAUCUUGUAGAACUUACAAAGGAAGUUGAAGUGUUUGAAAUUGAUGCCAGUGGAAAACGUAUGAUUAAAGCUGCCAUGCGAAAUAAUCUGCUAGAUAAAGACAUACAAAUAGCUGGCUUUAACAUACUUAACAGUUUAAUUAUAACAGCACAAACUGAUGAUGUUUUAUUUACACCAGAGAUUAUAUCUAUUGUGCCAGUUGCUAUGGAGCACCAUGAAACAUCUGCAGAACUCCAACAGUCUGGUGCAGCACUUUUAAUGGCAUUAGCCUCACAAGAGGGUGCAGCUGAAGUAAUUGGUCUCUAUGGAGGUGUAGAACACAUUAUUACUGCACUUAAGACACACCCCAAUAACCCUGAGUUGUGUUCAACAUGUUGCCAUGCUUUGUGGAGUCUGGCAGUUGUAGAGGAUAAUGUAAAGAUAGCAACAGAACAGAAAGCCAUAUCACAUGUCUGUGGUGCGCUGAAGACACAUAUGAACUCACCAGAUGUGGCAGAAGCUGCCUCGGCUGCUCUCCUGUCUCUCACACUAAAUGAUGAGAAUUUUGACAAUGUGGGAGACUUGGACUGUGUUGGGUUAUUAAUUGAUGCAAUAGAAAAACACAUGAAGAAUGCAAAAGUUGUGAAAAAUGCUUGUCUAGCACUGGCAAGUCUAGUGGAACCAGAUGAGGAAAGUGCAUACAGAGUAUUGACCAAUGAGGUUUCAACUGGAGGUCAUGUGGCAGGAGUUCCCAUCAUACUUAAAGCCUAUGACCUUCAUAAGGACAAUGCUGAGGUUGUGGAAAGUAUUGUGUCAUUAGUAAUGGAAUUAUCAGAAUAUGAUGAUGUGUGUGCUGAAAUGAAACAUUUAAAUGUUGGACCUAAUCUUCUAUCACAGAUAUUUAAACGAUUUAAAGAAAAUAGGGAUAUAAUGGAUCCAUGUGAAAAGGCUUUGGGAAAACUACAGUUAAUAUCUGGACAGAAAGUUAAAGCAUAAUCACCUAUUCACCAUGCACCUGACUGCUCAUCAAACUAGAACAUGAAUUCUAGAUAGUCCAUAUGGACUGAAUCAGAAUAAAGAGUGGAUUAUAACAAUAUUUUAUGGGUGAAAAGAAAUUUUUUGUAAAGAUAAACACUAAACACAAUAUGCAACAUAGAAGAUUUUAUUCAAGCAUAUAUCUUUUGUAGCAUAAUACUGGUAACAACCAAAUUAAAGAGGAAUAAUGUAAGUAGGGGCCUUUAUAAAAGUACUAUUGUUACUUUGAUGAAAACAUGGCCACCAGAAGCAAUUAUUGAUUCCUACAGGCCAAAUAUCUUCAUUGAACUUACAAGGGUCAAUCUUUUGAAAUAAUAAAUAUACCAAAUAUUAAGACUUCACAUAUCUUUAAAAUGUUACAAAUACUAUUUACAUGUAAGUUAUGUAUGGAAUUCAGUUGGCAGAAUUCAGGUAAAAGUGUAAGAUUAGGGUGCUGACAUUUUAUAUAUGUUAUUUAAGUCCACAAGCAAUCAUAUCAUGUGUAAUUUUUUAAUUCAAAAUAUGGCAUUCUUUAUGACAUGUAAAAAUGGCUAUGACGUAUAGUUUUGAUUGGUUCCAAUUCCCUAAUAUUAUCUACUUAAUUCAUAUUUAUGCAGGUCAGAAAUAAAUUCAUAUUGUUAAUAACUUAUUGUUUGAGGGCAUGUGGUGCCAAUUUGACAGGUAUUAUAAAUUAAGGAUGUUUGCUCCUCUUGUUUUUGAAUUUUUGCCAGCUAUUCAGAAUCCUCUGGUUUUAUCCAUGUAGUGUCAUUAAAAAUUUUGCCCACUAACCCCUACUUUUCUUUCCAUAAUUUGAUUACAUAUAGUUUAAAAUGUCAUCUUUUAAAAUCUUAUAAAAUCCUUGUUAUUUUUUCAUCGUUUUUGGAAGAAAAAAGGUGGCAAUGUUAAAUGUAUGAAAAAUCUAGAGAGAAUUGUUUCCCGCCAAAUUUUCAACGGCUUAUAUCUCAAAAACAAACUCACAGACCCUACAUUUUUUUCUGAUUAUUUAGUUUCUUUAUUUAUAUAUUAUCAAUUUAUAACAGUCUUUUAAAAAACUUGUUAUUUAAAAACAGAGUAGCGAAUAUCAUUAAGGGAUGUUAAAUUACAAUUGUGGAGUAUUUUAUGUAUGUCUUAGAUUGAAUAAUGCAUGCAGAAGAAAUAUGGUAAAAUUUACUUGUAAUCAAGAUUAUUAAACUGUCCAGGAGACAUAUGCCAUACAGUAAAUCAAACUACUAUUGUAUCAUUUGUGAAUUUCAUGUUUUGUAUGCCAUGUUUUAUCUGUGAUAUUGUGAACUGUGAUUUGUUUUUUAUUCUUAUUGUUUUUUAAGAAGUGUUAUGUAUACGGUAUUUUUAAGACAUUUUUAUCAAAUAAAAUAUAAAAACCUUGA